AUGCACGCUACAUCCCCGCCAGCUCCAUUGGUGCUGGUGUCGAUGCCAAGCGAAAUCCUUCUCUCCAUCGCUGACCAUCUCCCCUCAGAGAAAGACAUUGCCAGCCUCGCCACCGCGAACCGCCAUUUUAAUAGCCUAUUGACCCCGUACCUCUACACCCACAAUGCAAAGCACAACAAGGAUAAUCUUGCUCUCUGGUGGGCCAUCCGUCAUGGCGAGAGAGCCACCGCCGAGAAAUCCCUCGACAGUGGUGCAGAUAUCAAUGCAAUGCCUGAUAUCAACGAUGACGUUCCUUGGCGCUCUCCCAGUCCACUCUCGUACCUGGCAGUUUCGUCCAGACCACGAAACAUCCGUCUGUUGCGCGAAGAGUUAUACCGCCAAUAUGUGGACCGGCACCUUGCACUAGUACAACUCUUGAUUGACAGGGGUAUGGACGUUGAAGCCACAAGUAUCUACGGGGGGCAGACUGCGCUUCAUAUAGCUGCUAAGCGGGGUGACGAUGAGGUUGUUCAAUUGUUGAUCGAAAAUGGCGCUAAUAUCAAUGCCGUUUGCAGCAUCGGCAAUACUGUUUUGCAUUACGCCGCCAUGUCCUGCAAUGUCGACACCAUCAACUUACUUAUCAAUAUGGGCCUGACCGUAAACUCUAACCAUGAGACUGCUUUCACUCCACUCCAUGCAGCGGCAUCAGUUCUAAAUGAACAUGCAAUUCGUGUACUAAUUGACCGUGGAGCCAAAGUGCAAUGCAUCUCUUCAGAUCUGACCUCUCCAUUGAUCUUGGCAGCAAGUCAUGAAGACAGUGGUGCCGCGCUGGAACUUCUGAUUAAGAAUGGUGCUGAUAUCGAUCAUGUUGGCCCUUUUGAAAGCACAGCCUUACACAAAGCCGCCGCUCUGAAGAACGUCACGGGAAUGCGUUUACUGAUUAGGUACGGCGCGAAGAUCAACGUGCGCGACCAGGAUGGCAACACACCGCUGCACAUGCUCUUGCGCCACAGAAAUUUUCAGUCCAAGUUGGACCUGCUUCAGCUGUUUAUUGAUAAUGGCACGAAUGUCAAUGCCCCUAAUGAGUUCGGCAGUGUACCUUUGCACACUGCAGCGUCUAUUGCAGAAGUCGAACCCGUCAAGAUAUUACUGGAACACGGGGCCGAUGUUAAUCGAAAAGAUGACCACGGCUAUGUGCCACUGCAUCUAGCCUCCAGCGCGGUGGGAAUUCAAAAGGAGUUGGCAGCGCUACUACUUGAAAAUGGGGCGAAUCCCGUGGCGCAGACUGACUAUGGGCAAGUCGCGCUGGUAGAGACAAGCUGGCGUGGCAAAGCGGAUAAUGAGUGGAUCCGAGCAGCGCUGGUGAAAUACGGGAACGGGAACGGAAACAGCAAACAGAAUUGA